AUGAGGCAGCUUCUUGUGAGUCUCCGAGUGUCUCCCAAACAUUUGGGGACGAGGAUAUGGAAUCUAAAAAAUUCUGAUUUUCAGUCACAUGCGACGGAAUUGAAAAACCAAAAAGAGGAAAAUCUUGUUGGGAUUAUUGGUGUUAAAGAGGUUAAAGCUCCAUGGGUAAACCUCUUCAACGACAAUAGGAAAAUGGAGGAAAAUAUUAAGUUGAAGGCCUUUGAUAAUCAAUCGGAAGAAGUAGUUUUGGGCGAAUCGGAUGAAGAUAAUAUUGAGAAUACUUGGGGAUAUGGUCUUGUUGGCGGGUGGUUGGUUUUCAAAUUUGAGAAGGAUUCGGAAAGGUUAAGUGUGUUGCAUGGUGGUCCCUACUUGGUAUAUGGGAGACCAUUAAUGUUAAAAGUCAUGCCCAGCUACUUUGAUUUUGAUGACAAAGACGUUAGCACUUUGCCGAUUUGGAUCAACUUAUUGGGAUUGCCAUUGGAGUUUUGGAACACGAGUGCCUUGGGUAAGAUUGUCUCCAAAGUUGGUAAACCUAUCUCGACCGAUAAGGUCACGACAACUAGAGGUAGACUAUCUUAUGCAAGAGCACUAGUUGAAGUUGAUGCAUCUAUUGAGCUUGUGCGGUGUUUGGGCAUUCCACUCUUGGGGUGCAAUUACAACAAACAUGUCGUGGGUAACAAAAGGAAGUUCGUAAAUGGCGAGGUAUCAAAAGCCUCCAUGACGGUUGCACAAGAGAAGAACACAUGGGCUGGAAAGACAUGCAUAGCUUCUAAUGUGCAGCGAUCUCUAGUUAACACAGCAACACAAUCUCAUGAAAUUCCAACCACAAACGAUGGGCAGCAAACUAGUGAGAUAAACAGUCAGCAGAGAUAG